AUGAUUUUCACCGGUAGGUCAGUGGACGCUCUCGACGAAGUUCGCGGUAGCAACGUGCAGACGGAUAACCGUCGGGAUGUUAGCGCCGUCGCCAUAGCCGCAGGAUGGUUCUCCAGUUUGCGCAGACCCGGCAAGAGGAACAAGAAGGGCUACCAAAAGCAGGCCAAGAGCGCAUGGGACCUCAGCACAUUAUCUAUGGUUAGUUGAACUCUUGUGAAACGAUUUUUCGCUGAAUUCUUUGCCUCAAAUAUCGGUCGAUUCUCUAUAUCUCGCGAACGAUUUGCACGUCCCAUUUUAACACUUUCUUGGCGGGAUAUUUGAAAUGACACGUCACGUAUAAGAAAUAUUAUUUCUAUAUAUAUAUUAUAUAUAUAUAUAUAGUAUUAUUGCUAUAUAUUUUAUUAUAUAUAUAGUAUAUAUAUAGUAUAUUAUUAUAUAUAUAGUAUAUAUAUAAUAUAUUAUUAUAUAUAUAGUAUAUAUAUAGUAUAUUAUUAUAUAUAUAGUAUUAUUAUUGUAUAUUAUUGUAUAUUAUUAUUAUAUAGUAUUGUUAUAUAUAG